CCGGGCAUUGUCCGGUUCUGGCAGCGACGGUCCGGCUGCGAGAGCGGCGGCGGCGGCGGCGCGGGGCGGCAGUGGGCGUCGCGCGGCCAAGACCAUGGCUGGAGGCAAAGCUGGAAAAGAUAGCGGGAAGGCCAAGGCCAAAGCGGUGUCUCGCUCACAAAGAGCUGGGCUACAGUUUCCUGUGGGCCGCAUCCACAGACAUUUGAAGACGCGCACCACAAGCCAUGGACGGGUGGGUGCCACUGCUGCUGUGUACAGUGCCGCAAUUUUGGAGUACCUCACAGCUGAGGUGCUGGAGUUGGCAGGUAAUGCUUCUAAAGAUCUCAAAGUAAAGCGCAUCACCCCACGUCACUUGCAGCUUGCAAUCCGAGGAGAUGAAGAGUUGGAUUCGCUGAUAAAGGCUACCAUAGCUGGAGGCGGAGUGAUCCCGCACAUCCAUAAGUCUCUGAUUGGGAAGAAGGGACAGCAGAAAACUGCCUAGGACAUGAGCUGACCAGCGGCUCU